UCUGAAGAAGUCAAAAUUGGAGAUAACCUUAUUGUUUGUGGCAUAAUUUAUAAACUUUCACCUUCGUGGAAGGAGUUUCAAAAAAAACUAUGCGCCACAAGCAAAAGGAAACUCCUCUUGAGACUUUGAUGAUGAGAAUCCGCAUGGAAGAAGAAGCAAGGGGCCAAGAUGCACUUAUGCAAACAGAAGAGAACAACAUCACACCGAAGAUAAAUUUAACUUCAAAUAAUGCUACCCCUGAACCUAACAAAAAUACUGCGUUGAAGCCUAAGAAGAAAAAAUUCAAGAAAAAUAAUGAUAGACAUCCCAAUAAUAAUAAUGGUGGAAAUAACCAAGCAAAAAAUAACAUGUACAUGAAAAAGGACCAUGCUUUGUCUGUGGCAAAAGUGGGCAUAUUGCUCGAUUUUGCAGAUACCGAAAACCUGAGCCUAAACCUCAGGCAAACGUUGCCGAAGAACCUUUUGUGGCAGUGAUUACAGACAUAAACAUGGAGGUGAAUGUUGAUGGAUGGUGGACUGACUCUGGUGCAAACCGUCAUGUCUGUUACGACAAAGACUAGUUUAAAAAUUAUACAAAAUUUGAGAAGCCUAAAACCGUCAUGCUUGGAGAUUCACGCACAAGUCAAGCACU